AUGCAAUCUACACCAUUUUCUACUUUAACAUCUUCGUCAGGAAUGACAUCAAAUAAUUCAAAUUUAAAUACAAAUAAUUCAAAUUUUUGGUCAAAUGGAGGUUUUCGAAAACGCAAAGCAGCUGCAAGUGAUUUAGAUGAAAAAACGAAUCAAAAAAUGUUUGUAACAGAAGAAAAAAUGCUUAAAGAAAUGCAAACACUUUCAUUAGAUUUAAUAUCUCCAGAUAAUAAUACACUACCAAUAUCAACAUCAUCAAACAAUGAAGAAUUGAUUAUGGAUGAAAUACCAACAAAUAAAAAAAAUGAAGGUGACAAUAGUGAUGAUGAUGAUGAUGAUGAUGAUGAUGAUGAUGAUGAAAAAGAAAAAUGUUCAGAAGAAACACGUUUUCAAUUACAUAAAUUAUUAAAAGAAUCUUUAAAGAAAGAUGAUUUACAAGAUAGUUUAAUUAGCAAACUUUGUGAUAUUGAGCGGAGAAAAUUAACGAUGCAAAUUGUACCAUAUAUGCCAAUUCAUCCGGCUCAAUUAAGUAAUGAUAAUGUAACAACAGAUGAUAAAUCUAAAGAACAAGAAGAAGACAAAUUAGUUGAUAAUACAAUUUUAUCUUCUGUUGUAUCUGAUGAAAUUAAAUAUGAAAAUGAUGAUCAUCUUUUUAAAAUACCAUUAAUACCAACACCUUAUACAGUUGAAGAACCACCAUGUGAUAGUGCAAGAAAACGAAGUCCAACAAUGAAACGAAGUUAUUCUCAAUCAAAUCAAUCUAAUAAUAGUUUAUUAGUAACUGAAUUAAAACCAGAUGUCGAUGAUUUUUCAACUAUUCAUCAAUCACAAUCAGCUUAUUUUAUUGUUGAACCAACUGCAACUCCUUUAUCUCAAGCAUUAUCAAAUCCAUCAUCAUCAUCACUUUCAUCUGAUGGACCAUCAGUUCGAAUAUCAGAACUUGUUGAAAAUUCAACAUCAAGUAAUGAAUUUGCAAAUGGAUUAGACGAUGAUGAUAUUGACAUGCAAUCAAUUGCAUCAUCGGAUACAGGUGAUAAAAUGGAUGAUGAUUAA